AAAUAUACUUUCCCUUUUCUGCCCAGCAACUGUGCCUGAGAAGGCUCCUGCUUUCCCAUUGGAGAGAUCACGUAACCCUGCCCAAUCAGUGGAAACGUUUGACUCACAAAAAUGAAACUAAUAUUCCAUUGUGUGAAUAUAACGGGAACAUGGCUGGUAUCCUCCCUCCGGUGUUUCUGAUCUUUAGCCUGGGGACUUCUGUUGUGUAUUCUGGAAGUCACACUCUACACUAUGAUGUCACUAUUGUAUCAGCUCCGACCCCUGGGGUCCCUCGGUAUUUAGUUAGUAUGUAUGUGGAUGGCGUGCAGUAUGGGAGGUACAACAGUGACACGUGCCAUGCCGAGGCUUUAUAUCCGUCCCUGGGGGCACUUUCUGAGCACAUAGAAAAGCAAACUCAGUAUGCUCAGGGAUAUGAAAUGAGGCAAAGACGCAGGCUGAAAUCUCUAAAUGGAUAUUUAAACAAAACAAGAGGUAAUGGUAAUAUCUACCAGAGGAGGCUUGCCUGUGAGCUGUAUGAAGAUGGCACCAUUGGUGGAUAUGAGGAGAUUGCCUUUGAUGGGCAGGAGCUUUUGGUAUAUGAUAAGGAGAGAGUGGUGUAUGUGCCUGUAACACAGGAGGCUGAGAUGUUAUCGUUCAUAUGGAAUAUACGUUGUGGUCCCACUGAUACUAAGAUAUACAUGGAGAAUGACUGCAUUGAGCAUAUAAAGCUGUAUCUCCCUUAUAUAUCCACUGACUUGGAGAGGAAAGUUCCCCCCAAUGUGAAUAUUUCCAGCUCAGAGUCAGAGAGUGGCACCAAACUGCACUGCCGGGUGUAUGGGUUCUACCCCCGAGAUGUGGAAGUGAAGUGGAUAAAGAAUGGGAGAGAUGAGAUUCACUCAGAGGAGGCAGCACAGAUCCUGCCAAACCCUGAUGGCACCUAUCAGAUCAGAGUCAGUGUGGGGGUAACACCAGACAAAAAUAGUAACUAUUCCUGCCUUGUGGAUCAUAACAGUUUGGAGACCCCGAUUAUUGUAACCUUUGUACCCAACAAUGGAAGAAGCCAUUUGUAUUUCAUCAUACCUGUCAGUGUGAUAUUUCUCCUCCUCCUGAUUAUCCUGGGAAUAUUUAUAUACAGAAAGCAAAUGACGAAAGACUCUCAUGGCAGCCAUGAAUGUGUGAGUAUCAGUGGGGAGAGCUUGAACACUGAUGCGCGCCCCAAGGCGCAGGAAGAGCAGAUAACUCAUAGCUCGCCGGAGGGAUUAGAGAACUCUGAUGAGAUUUUACGAAAAGUUGAAAAGAGGCAUUAUCCUUUUUAUAUCAAGCAAGUUCUAAAGCCUCAAUGAAGCUGACCCACUAAUUUUGUAAAGAAGUUGACUAAUUCCAGUGGCGAACAAAUUUAUCUGACCAAAUUCUGCUGCUCAAAAGCAAUUACAGAUGCAGGAGGAUUCACCAGAGAAUGCUGAUUAUGAGCACUACGGCAGCCAUCUUGUUAUCUUACAUGUAGACUUCAUUGUGUCCCGAGAGCUGGGGAAUUUUUCAGCAAUCGAUAUUGUUUAGAACUGGGAUCCCCAACCUUUUAUUACCACACUCAGUUGUAAACAGUGCUGGGGAGCAACACAAGCAACCCAAGUUAUUCGGGGAUGCCAAAUAAGGGCUGUGAUUGGCUAUUUGGUAGACACAUGUGGACUGCUAGCCUGCUCUGUGUUUCCACUUGCCUCCAAGACAGAAAUGUAAAAAUGGGCACCGACUUUAUGGCCACUGGGAGGAAAAUCAAAGAGGGUGGUGAGCGACAUGUUGCCCCUGAGCCACUGGUUGGGGAUCACUGGGUUAGAGGAGCAGAGGGGCCUAAGCCUUAUUUCUUGUAACAGUAACAUUACUUAUUGGAGUUAGUUAUCUGACUGGAGGAUGGGGCAAUUCUUGGUGGAUCCUGGAGGUGCCAGGGGCAGAUGGGAAAGAAGCAGAACCUGGGAAGAGUCUGGUCCUGGAGCCCAAACUAAAGGGAGGUUCACCAGAGGCAAUAAGGCACACCCUACAUGCCCAACAGGGAGGUGCCACCCCUGCAGCACCACCUGCCAAGCAACAAGAAUUCUCAAGGUGACCAACACCAUCAGAAUUGCCUGUAAACUCUACUGACUCAAACCCUCUGAGCAUUUGCUUAAUAAGUCCCCAAUGGGAGGCUCCAGUGAGGCCUUUUUUUGCAUAGAAGAGACAUUUUUGAAAAGAUAGUACUAACGGGGGUUUAAGGAACGUAAGGGGUUAUGUAAUAAAAAGUACUAAGUUCGCCCAGCAACAGUGACCCAUAGCAACCAAUCAGCAGGUAGCAUUUACUGGUCACCUGUUAAAAAACAUACAUCUUAUUGGUUGCUGCUCCUGGCAAACGUAGUGCCUUUUAUUACAUAUGGGGGUUUGUGUAGCAAUUGAACUGUGUUUUAAAAAUCCCACCUGUAAGUAAUUCUGGGGCUGCCACUUUAAAAUACUGUGGUAGUUAGUGGGCCGGUACUGUAUUACUAGUCCGUUAUACAGACCCCCAUGUAGGAGUUCUACUACUCUGCAUUUUUCUCUUUGCUACAUUCAUUUGCUACAUUUGUGUUAUGAUACCCAAAAGCUUCCUGUAACAUAUACAGUGGAUAAGGUGCCCUUUACUGUGAUUUAAAAAGAUAUCGUCUAUUAUCAUCUUUAUAAAUAAUAGUAAGGGCUCCUUUAUUCAAUACAAUUAGCUUUUCUGGAUGACCCAGUUAAAAGGGCCACAGUGCAAAUCCACAAAACACUGCAUUAAAUGAAUGAACCAUGCUGCUACUUAUUCCUGAGAGUCCGAGGGUUAAGAGCGCAGUAACUUUUUCAUCUUUAUAUGCAGCAUAUAUAUUGCAAGAAAGGCACAACCAUGAUGUUAUUAUCAACAAACACCACAUAUUAUCUAUAAAUAACAUUAUCUAUAAAUUAAUAUUAACUAUAAAAAGUGACUAUAUCUUUAAUACACACAUAUUUAUAUAAAUACCCUAUCCAGUUUAUACUAAAGCAAUCUCCUACUAACCAGCUCCCCAGACUCCCACCUCCCUCCCCUGCAAUCAGUCUUACACCCUGCUGCUGGGAUCCCCCUGCUCUCCCCUAAGAGAGAACCUGUUUAUUCCAUGGUAAUAUCCCUAUCAUGGCUGCCUGUUAAGCAAAGAAUAGCAUACAAAUUCCUUCUGCUAACAUUCAUAUGGCACUGCCAUCCCUCAACUUAAACCUUUCUACCUUGCUGCUCCCCAAUUCCUAAUUCCAUCCCCGAAUUCCUUCUUGAGGAACAAUCUCUCUAAGUAGGGAUGAACCAAAUCCACUUUUUUUGAAUUCGGCCGAACCCCAAAUCCUUCUUGAGAGAUUCGGCUGAAUACCGAACUGAAUCCGAAUCCUAGUUUGCAAAUGCAAAUUAUAUAACAGAAGGGUUAAAUGUUGCCGUGCGAUUAAAAAAAAUCCAACUUCUAUGUUUACAUGACAAAGAGUCACAUCGUUUUUUGAGGAUUUGGUUUCAGUACUGCCAGGAGCGUGGAUUCGGCCGAAUCCUGUUGAAAAAGGCAGAAUAUUGGCCAAAUCCCAAAUAGAAUCCUGGAUCCCUAACUUUAUUUAUCAUGUCUAGUCCUACACUAGGGCAAAACUCCAAAACAUGUGCGCUUUUACCCUCCAAAUUGUGCCUGUAUGUUACCCGACUACUUAGAUUGUAAGCUCUACGGGGCAGGGACCUCCUUCCUACUGUGUCUCAUACCUCAUGGCACUUACUCCAUGUGCAUUUAUAUAUAUUUAUUGUAUUUAUUAUAACACUUGUCCUCCCUGUGUGUAAUUGUGUAUAUUGUAAGAUUGUACAGCGCUGCGUACCCUUGUGGCGCUUUAUAAAUAAAGUUAUAU